AAUCAAUAAAAAUCGUUAUCAAAACACUGUUUAGUCUUUUAUGUUUAUAUACUUGAAGAAUAAAAUUUGAUGAGUUUACUUUAUAUUUAGCGUUUUAAAUAGUUUUAAAACUCCAAUAUGUGUUUGUAUUUUUAUAAUAUUGUGUAAACAUUAAUAUACUUAACAUGAAUCGUCGCAGAAGAGCAUCUUCAAUUGCUAGUCGAGCAACUGAUGAUGAAGUCGAAAAUUUUCCAAUGGAGAAUGCACGGAAAAAAAGAAGAGUGGAUCCGAUUGAUGUAGUUCAAUCAGUUUAUGAUACAUUGCGUAAUUUCAAGAAAGAAGAUGGAUCAUUAUUAUGUGAUAAUUUUAUAAGAGCACCAAAAAGAAGACAAGAACCUUCUUAUUAUGAUGUUGUUCCUAAUCCUAUUGACUUAAUCAAAAUUCAGCAAAAAAUUAAAACUGAUGAGUAUGAUGAUAUAGAUGAUCUUCAAUCUGAUAUUGAAUUGUUAAUUAACAAUGCUAAAUCAUUUUAUAAGAAGACAUCUCAAGAAUAUAAAGAUGCAUCAGAUUUAUGGGAUGUGUUUAUAAAUACUAAAAGUAAUUUGUUAGACAGGGAAGGAACCCCAAAAGAAAAACUUGUCAUUAGAGUUGGAAGAGUUGGUAAAAGAGGAGGAUCUUCUGCAUCUGUUUCAAAAUCAGAGCAGACUGACGAGGAAGAAAGUAAUUCUUCAUAUGCUGGAGGAGAUGAAGAAUUAACAAUGUAUGAAGACUUAUUUACUGCAGUAAUGUCAGCUACAGAUAAUGAUAAUAGACUAUUAUCAGCUGCAUUUCAACUUUUGCCGUCUAAAAAACGUUAUCCAAAUUAUUAUGAAGUUAUAGAAAAUCCAAUAGAUCUCAGAUCAAUUGCACGUAAAAUACAAGAUGGAAAGUAUAGUAACUUAGCUGAAAUGGAAAGAGAACUUUUAUUAAUGACGAAAAAUGCUUGUUUGUUUAAUGAACCUGGAUCUCAAAUAUAUAAAGAUGCAAAAGCAUUAAAAAAAGUAAUAACUAGUAAGAAAAUUGAAGUUGAUCAUGGAAAAUAUGCACCUAGCAAAAGUAGUGAAAGAAUUAGAGCUAAAAGAAUGAGAGGCAGUCAAACAUCUAUGUCAGCAAUAACAGCUGCUUUACAAUCUGAAGAUGAGGAAGAUUCAGACUUGGAUGAAGAUACUGUAACAGAUAGUCAAAGUAGUAUUGAAACACCAGAUAAUCCAAGAUGGCAACUUUAUAAUGCUGUUCGUUCUGCUACUGGCCCUCAUGGAAACCUACUAAGUGAUUCGUUUUGGAAACUGCCUUCCAAGAGAUAUUAUCCUAAUUAUUAUCAUGAAAUUCGAAACCCACUCUCACUUAUGCAGAUUGGAAAGAAGUUAAAAAAUGGUGACUAUGGAACAGUAAGUGAAGUUGCUGGUGAUAUGAACAUAAUGUUAGAAAACGCAAAAAAAUAUUUUGCAUCAGAUACAAAACAAUACAAAGAUGCUGUAAAAUUGCAAAAAAUUAUGCAAACUAAGGCACAAGAGCUGUUAGACUUAGGCCAUCAAUAUUCAGACAGUGAAGAUGAUUCUGCUGAUGAAGAAUCAAAUCAAACUAUCAGACAAUCUAAAAAAUUCAAUCGCUCCCCACGAUGUCUUACUCGUGGUAAAUAUUUAAAUAAUAUUCCACUCAAAAGACGUUUAUAUGCACUCUGCAAGUGCCUAAUGGAUUACACGACUGAACAUGGUAGAGUUCCCAUGCUAAUGUUCAUGGAGAGACCGUCAAAAAAACUCUAUCCAGACUAUUAUAAAGUUAUAGCUGAACCAAUUGAUAUGCUUACUAUCGAAGAAAAAAUUAAACAAGAAAAAUACAAUAGUGAAGAUGAAAUUUUAAGAGAUUUUAAAUUAAUGUUUGAUAAUUGUCGUCAGUUUAAUGAAGAAGGUUCUUUAAUUUAUGAAGAUGCAAAUACUUUAGAAAAAGUUUUAUUAGACCGUUCUAAAGAAUUAGGACCAGUACCACCAAAAUCAACCAAAAUUACAACAAAUUCUGUUUUAAAAUUUGGAAGAAAAUCUCAGCUUCCACAAGCAACCCUUCAAAAAAUGCGUACACUGUUUAAUACAAUUAAAGACUAUAAAGAUCAAAAAGGACGUUUACUUUCUAUAAUAUUCAUGAAAUUACCUUCUAAGAGUGAAUACCCAGAUUACUAUGAAGUUAUAAAACGACCUAUACAUUUAGAAGUCAUAGCACAAAAAUUAAAAAAUAAUUUAUAUGAAGGUCUUGAUGAUUUAGCAACAGAUUUUGUUUUAAUGUUUGAUAACGCAUGUAAAUAUAAUGAGCCUGAUUCCCAAAUAUAUAAAGAUGCUCUAACACUACAAAGACUUACAUUACAAACUAAAUUGCAAUUGAGAGCUGACGAGGAUAGUACACCAGAUGUACAGAGUGCUGUACAAGAAUUGUUGACUACACUAUUUACAAGUGUAUAUAAUCAUCAAGAUGAGGAAGGACGGUGUUUUUCAGAUUCAAUGGCUGAACUGCCUGAACAUGAUGAUGUGGAUGGGAAUAAAGUGAGAGGUUUGUCUUUGGAUUUAAUCAAAAGAAGACUAGAUGGUAAUCAAUAUAAACGGUUAGAUACAUUUCAAGAUGAUUUAUUUGCGUGUUUAGAACGUGCCCGUCAAUUAUCACGCACUGAUUCUCAAGUAUUUGAAGAUUCAAUUGAAUUGCAAUCAUAUUUUAUUAGACAAAGAGAUGAAGUAUGCCGUAAUGGAGACUUAUUAAAUUCACCAGCUUUAAACUACUCUUUACUAGAUUUAUCUUUAUCUGUUAAUGAUAUGAGGGAACGAAAAAUGGCAGAAGAAUCUAUCAGUGGAAAUCUGGAAGAAGAUGAAACCAAAAUUGAAGACAUUCCACAAGAAGAACAAGAAAAUGAAGAUAGUUCACAAUCUCCAAUUGCUGGCACUACUGAUGAUUCUGUAUGUGUAAAUCAACAGGUGUACAGAGUAGGUGAUUUUGUUUAUGCUGAACCUCAAGAACGAGGUCAAGACCUAAUAAUAUUAAAUAUUCAACGACUUUGGACAAAUCAAGAAUCUCAACAAAUGUUAUAUGGAAACCACUUUUAUAGACCUAGUGAAACAUAUCAUUUAUCAACAAGAAAAUUCUUAGAAAAAGAAGUAUUUAAAACUGACGUAAAUAUAGCAUUACCUGUAAAUCGAAUCAAAGGGCGCUGUGCCGUUGUAAGUGUAAAAGAUUAUUUUCGUUAUCAGCCAUUUGGUUUUGAUGAAAAAGAUGUUUAUGUUUGUGAAUCAAGAUAUUCAUCAAGAUGUAGAAACUUCAAAAAAAUUAAAAAUUGGGCUUCAAGUUUAACUGCUACAUGGAGACUAGUUGAAAGAGAAGAACCAUUAGAUCCUAAAAGAAUAAUGUCAGUAUUUAGAGACAGAGUUGAGAAACAUAAGGAAGAAAUAGCUGAACUUGAAGAACAUGAAAAAAUUGUGGAAAAAGAAAAACCUAACAUAAUUUUAACAAAUCCUCCUAUUGUUGAUGAUGGAAGUAUUUACUAUGAACAAUUCAAUACUCAUAUUGGUGUUCUCAAACCAGGAGACUUUGUCUAUGUGAAAAAUGAUGAACGAAAUCAAAUUAUUCAAGUAGAUAGAAUUUGGACUGAUAAAGAAGAAAAUCCUUACAUUUAUGGCCCAAUUCUUUUAACACCAUCUGCUAUACAAAAUGUUACUGGCAGACAGUUUUUUAAACAAGAAGUACUACUAACUUAUACUGAGGAAACAAUUUUAAUAUCUAAAUUAACUGGAAAGUGUUCUGUUUUAGAGCAUGCAGAAUAUAUAUCAUGUCGACCAGCAGAAAUAGCAGAAGUGGAUGUAUAUUUAUGUGAGUCAAUCUAUGAUGAUACUACUAAGCAAAUAAGAGAAUUACCUAAAGAUGGAUUAAAAAAAUAUACUCAUUCUUCAUCGGUUAAUCAAGACGAGUUCUAUUUUUUCAGAAGGUUAAUUCAUCCUGUGAAAGUUGGAGCUCCUGAGUUGCAGUCAGACUCCAAAGCUUCUUAUAAUCAUAUUUAUGAUUCUGUAUCUAAUGUUAACUCUCCAAUAAUUGCAAAAUUAGAACUACCCGAUACAAUGACUGAAGAUUCUUUAGAUGGAGGUCCACCAUCUGUUAGUUCAUCUGAUUUGGGUGAUCGCACUAUGAAUACUUCAACAAUAUUGUCUACACCUUCUUCGUCACGAAAAAAAAAUCCCAAUCAUAAAAAAUUGGUGACAGGAUAUAUUUUAUACACCAGUGAUGUUCGAAAAGCUGUUGCCCAAAAUAAUCCUGAUCGCAGUUUUGGUGAAGUUAGUCGUAUAGUUGGAAAUGAGUGGAGAAAUUUAUCACCAACUGAAAAAAUGGCAUAUGAAGAAAGAGCCAACCGGUUAAAUGAAGAAAAUUACCCGCAGUGGCGUCAACAUAAUCUACAAGCUCCACCACCUGAAGGCUCUGAUUUGUUAUGGGAAUGUGGAUGGGAUAAUUGUGAUUGGCAAUUUGAAGAUCAAGCUGAUUGUUUAGAUCAUGCUGUAGCUGAUCAAUAUGGUCACAUACAAACAUUUUUUGCAGCCAUUCCUCCUAGUGAAGUUGAAUAUCAAUGUCAAUGGAGAGGAUGUCUUCGAGUGAAGAAAACUGGAAUAGCUCCCUUUCCAAGCUUACAUCGCUUAGUCAGACAUGUAAAAGAAGUUCAUAUACUUAAAAAUCCUGGAAAAUCAGUUCCCUUAUCAGAACGUAACAAAAAUUGUAUGUUGAGCACUCGCUCAAUUGUUACUACUUCCUCUGUGUUAUCAGUUGCGCCACCAUCUCCACCAUCAAUUGAAAAUUGUAAUGUUGGAGGAACUACUGGUGUUUUAAAUCAAGUCAUUAAUAGGAAUACUCCUUCUCCUAUGUCACAAAAUGGUACAACCGGCAAUGGAGUAAAUAUUAAUAAACAUCUUGAGCCAAUUUUUGUUACUGUACCUCCAAAACCAACAAGAGUAUUUCACUCUGAAGCUUACAUUAAGUAUAUCGAGAGUUUGAAUCUUGAUAACAAACCUAAUUGGGAAAAACAAUUAAUAGCAACACAAGAAAAUAUAAAAGGUCCAGAUGAUCCAAACUCACUCCCAGCAGCUCAGUGGCUAGGAAAAGGAAUUGGAAACCAUGGUAAUGUUCUUAAUGCUUUAUGGGCAUUGAGAAAUUUUAUGAUGAAAGAUGCAAUGGGAUUAUCAAAAACAGAUGAAUAAUUUAUGGCAUUUAAAAUUAUUAAAACAGAUAUUGUGUUCUGUUGUAUACACUUAGUAUUAAUAGAUUUUUACUGAAUGACAUUUAAUUAACUAUUUAAUCUAAAAAAUAAAUGUUUAGUUUAUAUUUAUUUUACUUAUAAUUUUUAAUUUCAUUUUUCAAUUACAUUUUUUAAAGGUUCAAAUAAAGUUUCUUAUUUUGUAAAUUA